AUGGAUAGAGUUAGUCACGCAGAGAGAAAGAAAGCAGAAGAGGAACUCCGUUAUUACGCCAAGAAUCGCGAUUUACCUGUUGAAGGCGAACCUGCUGCACUAAAUAAAGACUACGAUGAAAGCGCAGCAGACGAGCAAAGAUACGGACUGAAUGCACAGCCAAGUUUAGACAGUGACAAGUUGAAAGGUGCGAUCCAUGUACCAGAAAAUGUAGACGAAACCACAGCAUACGAAGAACCAAACUACAGACCACCUGACUUUGUUCCUUCUGAUAAAGUACCAGGAAGUGCCCUUAGUCCAGAUGCUAUACAAGCUCAAGGUACACACACUGGUCCAUCUGUUAGCGUUCAAGAGGCUGAGAAGACUCAAGUAGAUGAUGGUAUAAAGAGAUCACCAUCACACCAAUCAAAAUUAGGACAUCUCAAACCACACUUACAAUUCCUUUGUGGCCCUAUGUUAAAGUACGACACAGUUGUAGAUAAUGUUUGGUACGGUGCAGCUAUGAUUGUCACAGUUGACCAGGGUAGCCAGUACGAUCCAGCACCUCUUUUCACUUAUAAUUGGAAUAACGGCACGAAAAAAGUCGAUGGUCAAUCAAUCUACGUCUACAGGGGAAGUUCAGGUAGCUUUACAUUCUGGAGAUUCAUGAUUGAUAUCCCAAUGUCAGAAAAUGAAAGUCCAGUUGAUUAUAAUAUCAACGGUGGUGCACGUAACACCUUCCACAUCCCGGCUAUUGGUCAACACCUUCGUUGGAUAGGCCAAAGUUGCAAUGGUUUCUCUAUGGGUGUUAACCCAGCUGAUUUCAACGGUCCACACAAGCUUUGGGAUGACGUUCUUAGACAACACUCAGAAAAGCCUUAUCAUACUGUCGUUGGUGGUGGUGAUCAAAUUUACUGUGAUAUACUCAUGCGUGAACCUGAAUUACAAGACUGGGUUAACGAGGUUGAUGGAAAAGAAAAGCAGAAGAUGCCUUUAACUGAGGCAAUGUCAUAUGCACUCGAUAGGUUCUUCUUUAAUCACUAUGCAAAAUGGUUUAGAGCAGGUUCAUUUGGCGAAGCUAUUGCAAAGAUACCACAAGUUAAUAUUCUCGAUGACCACGAUUUGAUUGAUGGAUUUGGUUCAUAUCCUGAUGAGUUAAUGUUUUCACCUAUCUUUAACAAGAUUGGUACAUGCGGUUUCUUCUGGUAUUUACUAUUUCAACAAUUUACAGUAAUGGAAGUUGAUGGUUCCAGAAUUACCGCCCCACAUGGAUAUGGUGAGAUCACAGAUGCCCAAGUUAAAGAGAGAGAAAGAUCAGAACAAUUGAAUAUACCAACACCAAAACCACAUACUUUCAAAUCAAUGAUCAUUGGUGGUGAUGGUGUAUACGUUCCUUUCCCAACUCACAACACAUUAACAUAUUUGGGUCCAAAAGUUUACAUGUUAGGUUUAGAUUGUAGAGCCGAAAGAAAACUAGACCAAAUGUGUAGUAAGACUACGUGGGAUAUCGUAUUCAGCGCUAUUAGAAAGUUACCUGAGGAGGUUGAACAAUUGGUUUGGCUAAUUGGUGUACCCCUUCUUUACCCAAGAAUGGUCUUCGCUGAGAAGUUUUUAGAAUGGAAGGGUAAUCCAUUAACUCACAUUGGUAGACACCCAUGGCUUGGUUUGAAUGGAUUCGUCAAUAAGUUUAACAAAGAUGCCGAAUUACUUGAUGAUUUGAACGACCAUUGGUGUGCUAAGCAUCACAAGAAGGAACGUAACUGGUUUAUUGAAGAAUGUCAGAAAUUGGCCUUAGAAUGUAACCUUCGUAUUUCAUUCUUGUCUGGAGAUGUUCAUGCAGCAGCUGUUGGUAGAACAUACUCAAAGAAAGUAGAACCAACGAAAGACCAUAAAUUGAUGUACAAUAUUGUUACAUCUGCAAUCGUUAACACUCCACCUCCUCCACCUGCUGCAAAGUUGGUUAACUUCUUGGCAAAGAAGCAUCACAAGAGUUUGCACUAUCUCAAGACAGAAGAAGAUGCUGUUAAAUUGUUCGAAAUUGACACAAAUGGGGAGAAAUCUUCAUUCCCAUACGUUAUGCCUAGAAGAAAUUGGACUUCCAUAGAAUUUGACAAUGAAACAGGAGAUCUUGUUUAUGAUAUCAAAAUUGAAAUCGAAAAGGGAAGUGGAACGACAAAGAGCUAUGUCAUAAAAUCUCCCCCACCAAGAUACAAGUAA